UUCAUUAUCAAACUAUCAGGCUUUAUCAAGACUUUGUAAUAUACCUUUACUUGAACCUCAAAAUUUCCAGCGUAUUUAAUACUUGUUACAACAUUCCGCCAUUUCGUCCUGAUAUCCGUACUCUCUGAGCGAAUGCAAAGAAAAUGACUGAACCAACCGCCCCCAUCGAAACAAACCCACCAACUCAGUCUCCAGAAGCAAAAUAUUCCAAACCCAGAAUAACAAUUCAGUACUGCACGCAGUGCAAAUGGAUGUUGAGAGCUGCUUAUUUUGCCCAAGAACUCCUCUCUACUUUCAACACAGACAUUGGCGAGAUUGCGCUGAUUCCACGCACAGGGGGGAUAUUCACUGUGACCAUCUUCCCUUCUAUAUCCGCCAGCACCAGCACAACAUCAGAUUCGCAGUCCAACUAUGAGUCUGAGUCCCACUUCAGCAAAGAGGGCACGAUCCUUUGGGAUCGGAAGAGAGAUGGCGGAUUUCCCGAAGUAAAAGAACUCAAGUCCCGCGUCCGCAAUGUCAUUGAUCCUGGACGGGACUUGGGACAUACUGAUCGAGCGUUGAAGAAGGGGGCUAAUGCCUCUAGCUCUACCCCUGCCACUGCUAUUACUGGUACAAGUACAGAUGCUACAGCUACACCCGCGUCGUUAUCGGCGCGUGCCAAGAUUGUCGAUGAGACUGCUGGCGGGGCGGAGAGGAAAUCUGAUAAGGAAGUUUGUGAGGAUUGUCUGUAAUUAGGUGCUUAGCACAGGUUGCAGAAUUGAGAGAAGAUAGAGGCGGAAGGAGUAGAGCUAUGGUUAAAAUGUACUUCAGGCCUAAGCAGAUGCA